AUGUCUACGAAGACGCUGGAGGCUCGUCUCGAGCACCUCUCCGUUAAAGACGAAAAUGAGUCCGGGAGUCAUGUGGGAGGCUAUACAAAGCACAAGAGCUCUUUAUCAACGGCGACCUCCCUUGCAGGCCUCGGGACUUCCGCGCAGUUGAAUAAUGGUUCGAACAGAUCCAACCUGCUCAAAUUGGCUCUGCAAAACACCAAUGACAAUAAAGUCAAUUCGAUGAAUGUCGGAUCUUCCCCUAAAAAAGCCAAUUUGCCGAGUCGCAAUGUCGACGAGAACGGAGAUCAACGUCAUGCACUUUACGAGCAGCCAUCGCCCAAGAACUUACACCUGGGAAUGUUUGAGAUUGGCAAGCCAUUGGGCAAGGGAAAGUUUGGCCGAGUAUAUUUAGCCAAGGAGCGAUCGUCGGGAUUCGUGUGUGCACUCAAGGUAUUGCACAAGUCCGAACUGCAGCAGGGUGGAGUGCAAAAACAAGUCAGGCGCGAGAUUGAAAUCCAAAGCAAUCUGCGCCACCCUAACGUGCUUCGACUCUAUGGGCAUUUUCACGACAGCAAGCGCAUAUUUCUCAUUCUGGAAUUUGCCGGACGAGGCGAGCUAUAUAAACAUCUUCGCAAGGAGCAUCGUUUCCCCGAGUGGAAGGCUGCCCAGUACAUCGCCCAAAUGGCCGCAGCCCUGAAGUACCUGCACAAAAAGCACGUUAUGCAUCGAGAUAUCAAGCCUGAGAAUAUUCUGGUCGGAAUUCAUGGCGAAAUCAAAAUCAGUGAUUUUGGUUGGAGUGUCCAUGCGCCCAACAACAGGAGACAGACGAUGUGUGGUACAUUGGACUAUCUGCCCCCAGAGAUGCUGAAGCCUGGCUCUCAGGACAACUUCUACAGCGAGAAAGUUGACCUAUGGAGCUUGGGUGUUUUGACGUACGAAUUUUUGGUUGGAGAAGCGCCUUUCGAAGAUACUCCUGUCAUGACACAGCGAAGGAUAGCACGGGCAGAUAUGUCGGUCCCUUCAUUCGUCAGCCCAGAAGCGAAGGACCUGAUCAAAAGACUCCUCGUGCUUGAGCCGGAAAAACGCAUAUCCCUGGAUGAGAUCCAACGGCAUCCCUGGAUCCUCAAACACUGCGUCAAGGAGGAGAAAACCAUGAAAAGAAGCUCUGGAUUGUCCAAAGACGGCAAAGCCUGA